AUGUGCAAACACAUCUUGAACGUCCAGGUGGCAUUCCGCGCCCCGUGCUGCAAGCGGUGGUUUGACUGCACCGAGUGCCAUUUUGAGGUCUCGGACCAUCCGAUCCUCGCCGCGCCCGAGAUGGCGUUUGCUUGCAAGCAGUGCAAGAAAUGCUUUCGAAAAAUCCUCUCUAAUUUUACGCUGGACGACACGGUGUGCCCCCACUGCGACAACAACUUUGCGAUUCCAGCCGUCGUGCCGGACUAA